UGGAGAUCUCUGAAACGCCGUGGCUCGACUUAUCGCGAGAAAACCCGAAUUCUCAGCAGGCCUACAGCGAGAUUUCCUCCUACCUCUCCGUAUGCGAAAUCGGCUGGUGUCAUCCCUAAAACAGAUUGUUAGUCUGAAGAAGCUCUCUGCUGAAUCAUGGGGAAUAUUUUUGGUAAUCUGCUGAAGAGCCUCAUAGGAAAGAAGGAGAUGAGGAUUCUAAUGGUUGGAUUGGAUGCUGCUGGUAAAACAACCAUCCUGUACAAACUCAAGCUGGGGGAGAUUGUUACCACCAUCCCAACUAUUGGCUUUAAUGUGGAGACAGUGGAGUAUAAGAACAUCAGUUUCACUGUGUGGGACGUUGGUGGCCAGGAUAAGAUCCGACCCCUCUGGAGACACUACUUCCAAAACACACAGGGUCUGAUCUUUGUGGUGGACAGUAACGAUCGAGAGCGAGUGAAUGAAGCCAGGGAGGAGCUGAUGAGGAUGUUGGCAGAAGAUGAGCUCCGUGAUGCUGUUCUCCUCGUUUUCGCCAACAAACAGGACCUGCCUAAUGCAAUGAAUGCAGCUGAGAUCACAGAUAAGCUGGGCCUCCACUCGCUGCGCCACCGCAACUGGUACAUCCAGGCCACCUGUGCAACCAGCGGCGACGGCCUGUACGAAGGCCUUGACUGGCUGGCCAAUCAGCUGAAGAAUAAGAAGUGAGGGUUCUCAGGCAGGUGUGGAGGGCUUAUUUAGGGCAAGGGGUGGGGAAACUUGGGGUUAUCGUAUUAUUUGGUUUGGUUUGGUUUGUUUACAUUUGAUUUUUUGCAAAUGUGUGGUAAUUAGGGCCUUCAGAUGGUCUGUGUAAAUGGACUCAUCACACAUGUUCACACGUCAAAAUAUAUAUGGACACAUGGACACACAUACACGUGUACACCUCAACAAACACAUGAGCACACAAACAUAAAUGUCUCUGCUUUUUGGUGGUUUCUCUUUAUUCAGUGUAAAAUGGACCUCAAAACACACAGUCAAGUACACAAUAUAAUAUAGUAUAUUAGAAUAGUCCCAGAAUAGUCAUUAUCUCUUCAUGCACUGUUUUUCUGCCCUUCGGUUGCUCUGUAUUUUAAUUUCCUACAAAUAUAAAAGUUUUCUCUAAAAUAUAGUGAAGCUGUUUAAUCUAUUUGAUAUUUCAGUUAGAUUUUCUAUGGUGUAUGAUCAUUAAGAUUGUAAUGCAGUUUGUCUCAUCACACACACACAAAUACACACACACUCUCUCUCUCUCUCUCUCUCUCUCUCUCUCUGUCUCUCUCUCUCUCUCUCUCUCUCUCUCACUCUCACUCUCACUCUCUCUCACACACACACACAUAAACACAAACACACACACACACGCGCUAACAUUAAGCAGCUCUCUCCUUCUCCUGCUGGUCAGUAACUGUGUUAGUCAGAGUUGAGUGUGCUGUGUAAACAUGCACCCCGCUGUGUCCUCCUGCAUGGCUUUCUCCUUCACUGUGGCUCGUAGAGUCUUGUGGCUCGGUAGACAGUAUUUUGCAUGUAUAAAUGUUGUAGAUGCAUAGAGCUGCUCGGUGUUGCAUGCUGCUUUGUUGUGAUAUUGUGUUAGUAUGCUGGUAUCAUGAAUGACUGAUCAUUUAGGUGUAAACGAUGGAAUAUUAUUGGCUUAGUAGAGUAGAAGGAAUCGUAGAUGGUUGUAAAGAAUUGUCUGAGAACACCAGGAACACAGUGUGCACGCUAUUGUUAGCGGCUUUGCAGUAAAACCGGUACAAAAUGAUACAACUCCAUCAGAAACCGUGACUGUGUUGUUUUACGUGGGUAGAGUGUUGGGGAAAAUAAACAGGAUGUAACAUUGUAGUGUUAUUUGUUCACGUUGUGCUUUUGUCUGCAUGGCAUGCAUGCUGCUUAGAUAGAUAGAUAGAUAGAUAGAUAGAUAGAUAGAUAGAUAGAUAGAUAGAUAGAUAGAUAGAUAGAUAGAUAGAUAGAUAGAUAGAUAGAUAGAUAGAUAGAUAGAUAGAUAGAUAGAUAGAUAGAUAGAUAGAUAGAUAGAUAGAUAGAUAGAUAGAUAGAUAGAUGCAGAAUAUCCCUGUUGUUGUCCAUGUUGCUGUUGAUGUCCAGUGUAUAUGAUUUGAAUUUGUAUGUUUUAUGUCUCUUUGCCUUUUUUUUAAACAAGCUAAGCUUUUGUUAGUGCUGUGAGAAGUUGGAUAAUGUUAGCAAAUACAGAGCAAAUUACCAGUACGCAUACACACAACACACACACACUUGGACAUGCAGACAUCUGUGCUUUGAGAUAAACUGCAUUAUGUUACACUUCUCUAUCUCUUUCCCUGUGUUGCCUGUAAGUAUUCUAUUCUGUUUGUAAUACAUGAUGUGAGGAUUUGUAACAUAUCACUCCCACUGAAUGUGAAUUCUGUGUUCUCAUUGAUUUGCUCAUAUUGUGUCACGUGGUCUUUAUUUAUUGUAUUUAUUUGAAUAUUGUCUUCAUGUAGCAGCAGAAUGAUUAUUUGAAUAUUUAUCUGUCAGGGUUGUUUUUGCUCAGUGUUGGGUAAACUGGUUUUCAUACAGCACGUACCCAUUUCAUACAGUGCUGAAACUUUAUGUACAAUAAAGAUAUUCUGUUUACCAAGGCAUCUGGCCGAAUAGUAGUGCAUGGUAUUUUGAUAGCAGAUCUUACAUUAGGCUACGGAUGCUGGACCAAUGUAUAUUUUGCUAUAAGACUCAGUGUACAUUAUUGUAACCUAAACGCUGCUGUUCUGACCUGAAAUCUUAAAGCUAUACUACAAUUAACAUACCUAAUACUAAUGCCACUGUGAGUCAUGUGCACGUCUUCAAAUCCUGUAGAUUCUCAAUAAACAGCUGUCAGACCAAGAAAAUCUGUUGCUGGUGAGGACUCUGCUGUUAUCCACCACUAACUGACAACAGUGCAACUCUUUCACAGCUAUAGGAUUAACAUAUCCUUUUGCAAUGUUGUAACACAAAUAACCUCCUCUUCUGCACUCACACACCAUUUAAUACAGACGCUCUGACGGCAUUUCUAUAUCUAUACAUAUAUCACACUGCUGGUGCUUUACAGUACUGUGUAACUAAAGCUGUUUCAGAUCAGUGGAAAUAGUCAUAGUACAAGCAAAGCAUGGCUGUUCAUCCACAGAGACAUUACUGUCUUUGAUUCUUUGUACCAUUUACACAAAGCAUCUAAAAGUCUAAUUCUACAUUAGAUCAUGUGUCUGUGCUAUCCACACAUACUGUAAUGUGUGAUUCACAUCCUAUGUGUCCAGUUAUGUUUUGUGGCCUUAUAUGCUGUAUUACAAAAAAAAAAAAGAAUAAAUACUCCUAUACAUUA